AUGGACCCGGGUAGGCGUUGGGCACAGGAGCGUCGAUAUGGACAGCCUAUAAGUUUAACGAGUUUCGAAGACGAUGGAAACUACAAGGCUCGCAAACGCCCAAGGGCAAGCAUGAUACGGCGCGAGCCCGAGAACUAUGACGACGAACCUACAGCGUCAUCAAGUCCCUCAAAAAGAGGAAUUACAAUCCGCGAUGACAAGGCCGUUUGGGCAUUCUAUGAAGAACGGUUCAAGACUAUUCAGCAAAGCGCAUGCAAAUUACUUGCCAAAGCUUGGGUGAAGGCGGUCGAGCCAAAGAAGCAGUCCACGCACCCUUACACAGGCGCAGAUGAAAAAGCACCUGAUUGGUGGCCAAAGCCUUGGGGGCCAAAUCGAGACCACAAGGUUAGGCACAAGGAGCCUGACCAUCUGUACAAACGCGAACGGGUUCACCUCCUCAACCAUAUUCUUCGGAUGAUAAUCGAGCCGAAUCACGCGCAACAUCCAAGUAUCCAAAAGCUUUAUCUCAAUGUGAGUAAGCUAGAGGAGGUCACUAAUGAAGCCUUAUCGUCAUUCUUCACCGACAAGGACAACCCUAGCAACCUGCAAAAGAAGCCUUACUUGAAGGAAAUCUUCAAGGUUGCUCAUCUCGAGGAACGAUAUAAAGAUGGCCAAAUUGAUGGUUCGACCGUCGUCUACGUGAUGCCCAACGACCGUCUCAGUCAGGGGUAUGUAUCGGACACCGAGGAUGUAACACCUGGGAGAGAUGAGGGCGAACACAAUCCAGCUCCCAAUUCCUCCAGCUCAUCCCCGCAAAGAGCAAAUAUGCCACAGACGCUCAUGGCUCAAUCACAUAGCACCGAGCAAAGCCCCGCGACCCAAAUAUCCGGUGAUGCAUUCGUAGGGGAGAUGCCAGUUCGCGGUACUCAAUACCCCCAGCCAGUAUUAGGCGCUGAAAUAGGUACCGAGCGGCAGAAUUUUGUGGAAGCGCCUAGUAUGCCCAGUCAAGCUCCGCUCCAUCCCUCUGCGAACUUAGGCCUCCACGAUAUGUACACCGGUCCGCACGAUUCAAGCAGAAGAUCGUCCAUGUUCACAACGCCAUCGGAAUACGCGAGCCCGGCAACUCCGACGAUGUAUCAACAACCGUGGCAAACCGGUUCUGCGGCACCUAGUAAUCCAUCGGCUUAUACUUUCCCACAGCAGCCUAGCAACGCGCAUCAACCUUUUGUCGGCCACACGGGAGUUCCGAUGGCUCAAAGCCAACAGUACAUGGGCACAUCAUUCGACAGCCUACCAAGAGUGAGCCAUAAUACGCAACACGACGGGAUGAUUCGUUCAUUGCCUCAACCUACUUUUCCCAAUUACAUGCCUCACGAGCCAGGAUCUCUUCCGGGGCCAGGUACAAAGGGCGAUACUCUUCCUCGGCACCCUACACAAUAG